AUGGAAGUUGCUGUCCACAAUGUCGACGGGAGAAGUCAACAAAGGAAGAGGAGAAGGUCCAUGUGGAAUAUAGAGUCGAGCAGCGACUCCGACGCCGGAGAUAUUGACCACGAUGGUCAUACAAGACGGCUGACGUCUCGUUCUAGCCAGGCACGAACUACAACACCGCAGGCCUCGUUGCCGGACAGAGGAGCCGGUGAGACAUUUCCACAACCGUCAGGCACAGCUCAAGCAUCUCAGCAAAGCAGUUCCCGUGCCUCCAAGAGGCAGUCAAAAUCCAUCGGCCCUAAGCCCACUACACGUUUCUCCACCCCAGAGUCAGGACCUGGUGUUGUUUUGGAUGGGGACAUGGUGGACCGAGAGAGAUUGCCUAACCGAACCAUGCCAGAGAUUCGCGCGAUCAGAGACAAGACCCGGCAAGGGAAUACUCCAUCAGAAAAGCGCGCACAGCCUUCACAGACACCACAAUCCGCUUUCUCAACUUCCUCUCAUCCGACACAAUCAGCACAGCUCGGUAGUCAUACGCACAAUCAUAAGCCUUUAGCUGGGCGUUCGAAUGCGCCUCCUACCGCACAGCGGUCUACCAGCUGUAGGGCACACACACCGUCCGUGUCAGAAUCCAACGUUUCCAGGACUGGGCCCAGACAAUUACUGCUCGGGGGCCAAGGGGACAGAGAGGUAUCUCCCCGUCAGGGCGUCGACCUCAUGGUUUUGAUACCCAUGCCGCAGCCAGGCCCUCCUGCUGCGCCGUCGCAGCGAGUCACAUCGGUCGCACUUGUUGAAAGCCACGGUGAAGCGGAAGAGCUUGGGACCGCAUCAUCAACGAGUGAAAGAAUCAAACCACCUGACCGACCUCAACUGUCUGAAACGUCUGAGAACGACCAGAAGCAUCGGAACAGCUCACCUCCGACUGUGGCGGAAAAGUCUCAAGAUGCUACUGCUGAACAUGGUCCGGACAACCAAGCUAAGUCAUCCAACAGCGCUCCAAAGCCAGAAACCCUUCCGGCGGCAGUAGAAGCCUCGCCCGACCUUUCCACCGAUGUAAGGGGUGAGACGCGUAACAUGGCACAGCCUCAGUUCCUGCAAAGCGACCCGUCCAAACCAUGCGAGAACUCCACGCCGGUACCACCAAGCUCAACUCUCACGGCGAAUGAUAUAGAUCAGUAUUACCAUACCGGUAUAGAGGCAAUUCGCUCUGGAACUCGAAAUCUGGAGAGCUACUACUUCGCCAUGAACGACGAGCAAAUUGCGGAGAACAAACUGCUGAAGGAGGCAAACCAAGGGCUGCAGUCCCUUAUCCGCCAGGCCUUUACCGAGAACGCCACGCUCAAGAAAGAGGCGGCAGAAAACAAGGAAGAAUUAGACAAGCUCCUGAAGGAGAAGAAGAGAUGGGCGGAGGAUAGGCAGAACAUAGGGAGGAUAGCUAGAACCUGUAAGACUCUUGAGGAACUUGCAAAUUCCCUGUCGGCACCUGAUGAGAAGAGCUGA